AUGACUGUCUCUUGGCAAACACCCGCUGAUUACGCCAACCGGCCUGUUGCCAUCCUUGGUGCUGGUGUGCUUGGUCGCAGAAUUGCAUGCAUCUGGGCCUCUGCUGGAUAUAAUGUACGAGUUCGAGACCCCAGCCUCCAACAACGUGUCGACUGUGCUGCCUAUGUGGAGGAAAAUGUUGCCUCGUACGCCGAAAAAACCGGAAUUGUUCCUGGCAAAGCAGAGACCUUUGAAGACAUCAGGUCUGCCGUACAAAAUGCUUGGCUCGUUAUCGAAGCUGUCCCAGAGAAAAUCCAGUUGAAGAUCGAUACAUUUGCUGAGCUUGACGCACUUUCCCCUGCUGACUGUAUCUUGGCAACCAACUCAUCCUCCUACAAGUCUUCUGAAAUGCUCGAGAAGGUCUCUGCAGCUAGAAAGGCUCAGGUUCUGAACAUGCAUUAUUAUAUGCCCCCGACCUGUAUGAUUGUUGAACUUAUGACCUGUGGCUUGACGAAUCCGCAGAUUUUUCCCUUCUUGGUUGAACGCACUAAAGAGGGCGCGACUAUACCAUAUGUUGCCAGGAAAGAGUCCACCGGCUUCAUCUUUAACCGUCUUUGGGCUGCCGUGAAGCGCGAGGCUUUGACUAUUAUGUCAGAGGGAGUUUCUGCUCCCGCGGAAAUUGACGCCAUGUGGGAGGAGAUGUUCAUCAAGGGUCGCACCCUCCCCUGCAAGAUGAUGGAUAACGUGGGCCUUGACACCGUUGCCUUUAUUGAGGGGCAUUACAUCCAAGAGCGUGGCCUGUCCUCUGUUCACACUGUCGAUUUCUUGAAGAAGAACUAUCUGGAUAAAGACAAGCUGGGCACCAAGAGUUCUAAUGGCGGACUUUACCCUCCUAUCAAUACCACAGUCACGCCUAGUGGACCCCGUAUUGUUGUCCUGGACAUUGGCCUCGCUUCCAAUGCUCUCGAUUCCAAGCCAGGCCAAAUUCUUGAAAUCACUUUGGAUGGUCAACUUAAGCAGGUUCUGGUUUCCCACCAGCAUUAUCCGGACGGUAUUGAUGUCGACUAUGAGAGUGAUCGGAUGUUCUGGACCACUAUGGGCAUUCCAGGGGAGGAUGAUGGCUCCGUCUACUCCGCCAAGACUGAUGGGACAGACAUUCGCCAAAUUAUUCCUUCGGGUGCGGUCAACACCCCCAAGCAACUUGUUGUUGUGGCGGAACACAAGAAGCUUUAUUUCUGCGACCGCGAAGGUCUCCGCGUUUUCCGAUGCAACUACGAUGGUUCCUCCUUGGAACUGCUAAUCGACAACCGUUCAUCCGAUAUGUCUCAUAAAGCCCCCGAUCAUUCUAAGUGGUGUGUUGGAGUCACUGUGUCCCCUAAGCUGGGCAAAUUCUUCUGGACUCAGAAGGGGGUUUCCAAGGGAGGCAAGGGCCGUAUUUUUGCUGCCAAUAUUGAGAUGCCAGAAGGUCAGUCUGCUAAGACAAGAGAUGAUAUCAAGUGUCUUUUAGCGGAUCUCCCGGAGCCAAUUGACCUUGAAGUGAACGAAGAUACCCUACAGCUUUACUGGACUGACCGCGGCGAGCUUCCCUUCGGUAACACUUUGAACCGAUGUCAAUUGACGGAAUCGGGCCUUCUGAUGAAUACUUGCCCGCAGAAGCAUGAGAUUCUCACCAAGCAUCUUCACGAGGCAAUUGGACUGAAGCUCGAUACUAAGAACGGUCACAUUUAUAUGACUGAUCUGGGUGGCAGCAUUUACCAGUGCGAUCUGGAAGGCAAGAGGAAGAAGGUCAUCUAUUCUGAUGAGACACGGGCUUUCACUGGAAUGACCCUCCUCCUAUAG